AUGAUGCUGUCAGACCCGAACACGAUGCAACGAUGUGAGGCCCUGGAAUUGACUUGCUCUCUGAGUUCAGUAAAAUGGGAGUUCUUUGAAGAAAAGACGCAUCCGCCAAAGAAUAUUGCCCCUCCCCAUCGUUUCAUCAGCUGGAGAGUGUGUCCCGCAAAGGGCCUGGAUACGCUUUCCUCAGAUACAGUCGAGGUGACCACAGACAUGGCCCCACGCGCAAGCUAUAGUAAAAUCAUCCACCUGGACGAUUUUGAUUUUCUCUACCAGAUGCAGUUUGCAAUCUAUGAAUGCAAGUCAAGUUCGUCGAUUUCCGUCAGCAGUCUCUGUGGCGGAAGAAUAAAAUCCAUCCGACUCUGGAGCCGGUGGUUCACGGGAAGCAAGAGCUAUGGCACGUAUGAGAGCAAUACGCCAUCCGGUAAGCUCUUUACCAAACUGGUCUGGUGUGAUUCUGUUUUCAACGUUGGGUUUAUUGUUUCGGCAUAUGGGCCUAUCUGUCCAGAAGAUGAAAGCUCCAGGGUUGCGUCGGAAGUGAGGCUGGGGUCAACUCCAGACUCCAGGUUUUACCGAGUCGAGGUUGAGGAGAUGGUUAUUAGAGAUGGACACGUUCUCGGUCUCUUUGAAGGCCUCCACAGUUAG